AUGUCGUGGAGCGGGCCCGUGACGGGUGCGACGCCUUUCCAGCAACAACCAUAUGCCAACGGUCAGCCAUAUGGACAGCAGCCACCCUAUCAAUACGGACAGCAGCCAGCACAGCAGCCAGGAUACGGGCAGUAUCAGUCAGGAGCAGCCUAUCCGCCAAACGGUCCACCCCAUAGGGCUCAUGUUCAGCCGCCAAAGAAAAAGGGGAAUCCCAUAAUCACCCGGUACCCUCCUCCCCCAGGUUACCGUGGACCGGCGCAACCUCAGGGUACUUUUGGCUCCAAUCAGUUUCCCAAUCAAUACCAACCGCCACAGCCAGCGUUUUCACAGACACAGGCAGCACUCCCAAACUAUCCACAGCAAGGUUAUACUGCUUCUGCUGCGCACCAGAACUAUCCUGCUCAAGGUUAUAGUCAGCCACCGCCGCAAGCGUCCAACUAUUCACAAUCCUCAUAUGCACAAGCACAACCUAAUUACCAAUGGCCGCAACCUGGCUACUUGUCAAAUUCGGGCUACUCGCAGCCUCCAAACCAACCUCCCGCGCAGCCCCAUGCACCACCUCAGAGCCAUUAUCAAGGCUAUCAGCCCCAUCAUCCCGCUGCUAACCCUAACCAGCAGGCUUAUGGCCAGAAUUCGGCGUGGUCGCAACAGCAUGCUCAGUCUACGCCAGAUCCUCACGCCACACCAACCCAGGCGACUAUUCACCUCAAUACAGCUCAUCCUCUUCCAUCAUCUAACCAGUCAACCAGUGCCGUAAGUGAGGGAAGUUCGAGCGAGAAGCCACAGCUUUACCUUGCCUGGGAUGAUUGGGAUUUCGACUUUGAUGGUGCGAUAUGGCCCAAGAGCAAUGAACCUGUCGAUCCGGCGUUGAGUCUCGGUGUCAUUAUCUGGCAUCCCGCCAAGCAGGUGACACGUGCGUUACCCUCGACUUUCGCCGAGGCUGAAGCAGAAGCUCUGAAACCCACGCCUGAGAAACUGGACAAUGGAGAUUCAGUGUCCAUGUACUUUACCGCUGACAACUCGCAUGAGGCUUUCCUGAACGUCAGACAGACGGAUGAAUGGGAGAUACUCAAGGACGACCCAGUCUUUGUCGAGUUUACAGACGAGGAAAUGAGAUCAAACCUGGUCUCGUUAGAGGAUUGUAUUGCGCAGCGAGACCGUCCCGACGAAUCAUACGAGGAGACACGACAAGAUGAGGAUCUAGAGAUGCGCGAUGCUACGUGGGACAUUAUGGAUAACCUUGAGCAAGCACUCGCUACUAACAACGGUGCCGCAAAACCCGCUGCUAUGAAAUCUGAAACAGCUUCUGCUCAACAGCUAAGCCAGGAAGACAUUCUCGCCAAGUUAGGCGUGACCGGAACUCCCAAGCCGCCAUCGAAUGAUCCCAUCUCAUUGCCGUUAUCAGCCUCUGAUGCGAAGCCUCCGGCAUCGCUUCCCGGGAAGCCAUUGCUGGCCCCUUCUCCCGCAAAGACCACUGAGUCUGUUCUUCCACCACAGCGUGCGCAUUCUUUUGGAGGGCACCGUAACAGUGGACAUGGACCUCCUCCUCCUCGGCCUUAUGGCUCCCUGUCGUCUUCCGCCAACUCCAGGCCUCAUCCGCCACCGCCACCUCCCGAAGAACAGCGCUACGACCCUUGGAAUGCACCUCAGCGUAGUGGUCAUAGCCUUGAUGAUUCCAGGGGCAGCCCAGCACCCUCCGAAGGAAGCAAUCGUACCAUGGCAGGGUCUGAUUUUGAACCUGAAAACCCCAGCAGCGGGACACAGCAGGACACGCCAACUGUACCCUCACUUGACCGAGGCGACAGCUCCUUCUCCCGGAAGAGGAGCUAUGAAGAUGCAGAGAAUGAGCGUUUGCGGCAGCAAGAGGAUCACAGCAAACGGAAGAGGCGCUCUCAGGUAGACGCCGCAUAUAGGUAG